AGAGGAGGCGGAAGCGGUGAUGCGCUUUACAUUGAAAACACAAAUGGCGGGUUAUUUAUACACGUAAGCUGUUACGAGCGCGGUCGCUUUGAAUAUGUACUUAGCAACUCGCGUGUGGUCGUUUGGCUGAAGCGUUUGCAAAUACUUUAUAAUGGUCCGGCUAAGCAGCCACCGCUAUCUAGCAGCUGCAUGCUAAUUAGCUCUAAGGCUAAUGGUUAACAGUAGGUUAAGAAACUGGUACUUUACAACUACAGAUAACUCACCCGUGACGCCCCCCACACCUGAGGACCUCCAGUGAAACGGACCAUGUCAGGCAACGGGAAGGUCAUCCCACAAACCCCUCUGGCCGUGGACUUCUGGUUUGUGCGCAAGUGUCCGGGUGCGAGGCUGUUUUUCCUGUCACACAUGCACAGCGACCACACGAUGGGUCUGACGUCCACCUGGAGCAACCGGCCCAUCUACUGCUCCCCGGUCACCGCCACACUGCUCGGGCUCAAGCUGCAGGUGAAGGAGCAGUGGAUACAUCCUCUGGAGCUGAGCGAGCCCCAUCUGCUGCCGCUGGAUGACAUUGGCAAAGAAAGGCUGACCGUCACGCUGAUAGAUGCCAACCACUGCCCAGGAUCUGUCAUGUUUCUAUUCGAGGGCUACUUUGGCUCCAUACUGUACACUGGUGAUUUCAGAUAUACUCCCUCUAUGUUGCGUGAGCCGUGUUUAAGGACAAACACCACUAUAGAUGUCCUGUACCUGGACAACACCAACUGUGACCCCAACCGCACCCUUCCCUCCAGACAGCGAGCCACGCAACAAAUCAAGGAGAUCAUCCGCAACCACCCCAACCACAAUGUCGUGAUAGGUCUAUAUGCAUUGGGAAAAGAGUCCUUACUGUUGGAGCUGGCGAUGGAGUUUAAAACCUGGAUUGAGGUGAGCUUUGAGAGGAUGGCGACCCUGAAAGCUCUGCAGCUGUUUGACGUGUUUUCCACCGAUCCUGGAGCCGGUCGUUUCAAAGUUGUGGACCAAUCACAGAUCUCCUUUGCCUCUAUGCAGCAGUGGAACAAAGAGCAACCCACACUUGCCAUUGUGCCCACGAGCAGGCCUCUGGUCUCCUCCCACCCCAAUGUCCACGUGGUACCCUACUCUGACCAUUCAUCGUAUCAGGAGCUGGAGGAUUUUGUGUCUGCACUUAAACCUUGCUCACUGGUACCCAUAAUAGGAAAAUAUGUGCCUGAAAGUCUCUCCGCCUUACUGCCUGCAAAAAAGCGCCAUGAAAUCCUGGUUCCUGAGUCCGUUCAACACUACAUGGGGAGACAGCCUGAAAAUCAGAUCAACUCAUCAACAUAUUUGAGCCUUCAGCGCCGAUACCUCCGCCCCCCUGCUGCCAAAGGAGUGGUAUUCGAGUCACUUUCUAAGGCAUCCAAGAGGUCACGUGUAGCAGCGUGUCUGGACGAUGAACAUUUGGAAGAGGUGGACACGGAAAGUAGUGACAGGGAGUCCGACUGCAUCCUAAUGGACAUGAGCAAGAAGGUCUCCCCUGACAAAAACAGAGGUGCUGUUGGAGACACAGUCAUGACAGAACUGGUGCCACUACAUCAACACAACCUGAUCAACUUAGCUCCAGGAGAUAUUCUGAUUAAUACCCAGCCCUGUGUGAAGCCUGCCAGGAUCAGAAGAGUCUCUUUGGAAACUAAUGAAGAAAUUAUCAAAACACUUACAAAUAAAAAUCGCUGUGGCAGAUUUACUGAGAACAACAGCACGUUGUCAGAUGAUGAUAGUAUGAACCAGCACAUUGGGUGUAGAAGUGACCAGGAUGACUUUGAUAAUGAUUCCUGCUCUUCAGGGAGCUUCCUUUCUGAGGCGCAGGAGGAGUAUGUGCAGGAGAUUGAGAGAAGUAUUUUGAAGGAUCUCCCGUUCAGAGAGGAGGACAUGCAGACAUGGGGCCUCCUGUCACAGAGCUUUGUCCAACGGUUUCCUCUCUGUCCGCUAUGAUUCAAAAAAACAACAACAGAGAGAAAUGAUCAACUGAACAGAGACAAAUGUCACCUAAAUGCUUCAUUUGAAGCCUCACAGUUAUUUUUAAAUGUGUAAAAGCACUUUGAAGCCAAAGCACUUCCUCUUUGGUGGCUUCUUCCUAAGGUUUUUCCUGUUUAUGGUGCCUGUUUAUUUUCUCUCUGACCACAUGAAUUCAGUCUGAGCCUAAAAAUACUUGUGUACUAGCCAGAAGCCUUUUCACUCCUAUUUUCCAUUUGAUAUUUACUGAGCUUGAGCCCUGUUGUGUUGCUUCUCACAGCUGUUUUGAUUGUCCUGCCACACUGACUGUGUGUUGUGAGAAGUUAUUGUUAAAAAAAUGUUUCCAGUAAACAAACUAACCACUAGCCACAGUGGUGCUCUUUUCUUUGUUUACAACACUCUCAAAAACUACAAAUCGUGUCAUUGUGUUGAACUGUGUCUUGUAUAAAUCAUUUUUUAUUAUUGUUAAUAAAUUGCAUUAAAACAGG